AUGACCGCUUCACUACUCCUCCACUCGCACUGGAUUGACCCGGUGAUGUUUCUCUACGACAACGGCUUGGAGGACAGAAGCAAGAACAUGGAAGGCUUCACUGGAGGCAAUUUUGCAGCAAACCAGUGCAGGAAUUUGUUAGCGCAUCCAACCUCGCUGGCUCCGAGCACCACCUACGCUCCGAGUGAGGUGCCAGUCUCUGGCAUGGGGGAGCCGGGCAAACAAUGCAGUCCCUGUUCCGCCACGCAGAGCUCGCCCAAUGCAUCUUUGCCUUAUGGAUAUUUUGGCAGCAGUUAUUACCCGUGUAGGAUGUCACACGGCAGCGUCAAGCCUUGCGCGCAGCCCUCUGGUUAUGGCGAUAAAUACAUGGACUCCUCGGUCACUGGCGAGGAGUUCUCCACCAGGGCAAAGGAAUUCGCGUUUUAUCAGGGCUACUCGUCUGGUCCUUGCCAGCCCGGCUACUUGGACGUCCCUGUUGUACCUGCGCUGAGUGCUCCAUCCGAGCCAAGGCACGAGCCUCUGCUGCCCAUGGAGCCCUACCAGCCAUGGGCCAUCACCAAUGGUUGGAGUGGUCAGGUUUACUGCAGCAAGGAGCAGCCGCAGUCAAAUCCUUUGUGGAAAUCCUCGUUACAAGACACUAUAUCUGGUGGAGACAGCUCUGUCCGGCGUGGGAGAAAGAAGCGUGUGCCAUACACCAAGGUGCAGCUCAAAGAACUGGAAAGGGAGUACUCCGCCAAUAAAUUCAUCACCAAGGACAAAAGGAGGAGAAUAUCCGCGCAGACAAAUUUAACAGAGAGACAAGUGACAAUCUGGUUUCAAAACAGGCGCGUUAAGGAGAAGAAAGUCGUCACUAAAUUCAAGAGCUCCAGUUAGCUCUGGAGAUACUGAAACGGGGGAGGGGGGGGGGAUUUUUAUCCAAAAAGCUAGCCUAUAAUUUAUUACAAUAUCAACGGUUUCUUGGUUGCCAGAGCGGCUCUGUUUUGAUCCACACUUUCCUCUGCCUCACAUUUUAAUUGAAACCAGUCGAUGCAGCGUGUUGACAGAAGAUCGGAAAUGGGUUGCAACAUAUUGACCAAGGCGAUUCUGCCCGGAUCUCCAUCAAAAUAUUCACCAUACAAUAAAACUGUCGGCCUCAAAGGCUCAAGACACCUCGAGUAAUCCUGCGCUUUAAUUAUAAACCAGUCCGGAAAUGAAGUCUGGAAUAUUUAAAAUGAGAUGUAGACAUUGAUCCUGUGGCGGUUAAACUGGCGCAUUCAGUUUACCAAACUUCAGAUAGAAAACAAGGCAAAUUUAAGAAAUGAUUGAAUAAUCCAAAAUACAUUUGGGGAAAAGAGGUAAUAAUGGCCUACAACACUAUAUAAAUAUAUAGUUUACGUAAACUCACAGUACAUCCCAGUACAACUUUCUGUUUGGAAUGAGCCUCUAUGACAGUAUCUGAUUCAAACGUUAUAAAAUGAGCAUUUCAAUAGCUUAUUCCCACACUUUGUCCAUGUUACUGUCAGGGUUUUUUUUGUUGAAACUGUUCACAGACUUGCAAUGUCAAUCUGUCAGUCAAAAAGAGUACUGGAAAUGUAAGCAUAUUUAAACAUGUAAAUACAAUCUGACUGCAACUAUCUAUUCCCGCUUUUUUGAC